AUGGACGACCUCUCCACGGGGUCAGAGAGCGACUACUCGAACACCUGGAUCGCCUGGUUCCUCUCGACCAAGGGAAAUGAAUACUUUUCCGAAGUCGACGAGGACUACAUCCUCGACCGGUUCAACCUGACCGGGCUCAACAGCGAGGUCGUGCAGGAGUACCAGCGCGCGCUCGACCUCAUCACGGACAACCUGGACGACGAAGACCUCGACGACGAGACCCGCGAGGCGGUCGAGACGUCGGCACGUUUCCUGUACGGCCUCAUCCACGCGCGCUACAUUGUCACCUCGCGCGGGCUGCAGAAGAUGCUCGACAAGUACCGCAAAGCCGACUUUGGGCGCUGCCCCCGUGUCUACUGCUCGGGCCAGCCGUUGCUACCCGUCGGACUGACCGACGUCCCCUACCAGAAGGCCGUCAAGCUCUACUGCCCGCGCUGCGAGGACAUUUACAGCCCAAAGUCGAACCGCCACGGCUCGAUCGACGGCGCAUACUUUGGCACCACGUUCCCCCACAUGCUCUUCAUGGCCUACCCCCAGAUGAUCCCCUCCAAGGGCCAGCCGGCGUCGGGCGACCGCGCCGACCUGCGCCGCGAGCCAACCGGCAUCGGAGGCGUCAGCACCGCCGCUGCGGCCCUUAAGGCCGACACGUACGAGUCCAAGAUCUUCGGAUUCCGUGUUCAUGAGGAGGCGCAGCUCGCCCGCUGGCGGCGCGCGCGGCGCAACGCGCAGAUCCAGCGUCUCGAGGAGCUCGAGAACAGGCCCACUUUGUAA